AUGGAACACAAGGCAUAUUGGGCUCUAAAAUUUCUUAAUUUUGAUGAAGUCUUAUCUGGGGAGAAGAGGAAUCUACAACUUUUGGAGCUAGAAGAGAUGAGGCUCAAUGCUUAUGAAUCCUCUAAGUUGUACAAGCAGAAGUUGAAAGCCUACCAUGACAAGAAGCUGUUGAAGAAGAAUUUCCAACCAGGCCAAAGAGUUUUGCUCUUUAAUUCAAGAAUCAAGCUAUUUCCAGGUAAAUUGAAGUACAAAUGGUCUGUACCUUUCACUAUCAAGGAGGUGAAGCCCCAUGGAGCAAUGGAAUUGAUGGAUCCAAAUUCAGAUACUCCUGAGAGAAGUUGGGUGGUGAAUGUAUUUCCAUUGGCCUACACUGCAAGUCUUGUGUUUCUAGCUUUCACUUUCCUUCUCAAGAUUGCGUUAUGCAACACCCUCAACGACGAUGGAAGCUGUCAGAAAUCCGGCACCCUGACCUGUGCAACCGGAGAGUACGAUCAGUACCAGUGCUCUCCGCCGGUAUCUUCCUCGACGGACGCCAUCCUGACGCGGAACGAUUUCACCGAAGGCGGCGACGGAGGGGACCGGUCGCAGUGCGACGAGCAAUUCCACGACAACUCGGAGCUCGUGGUGGCACUCUCCACGGGGUGGUUCGACAACGGGUCACGGUGUUUGAAGUUGAUAACAAUCACCGCCGGGAACGGGAGGAGCGUGACGGCGAAGGUGGUAGACCAGUGCGACUCCGUCCACGGGUGCGACAAGGAACACGCGGAUCAACCUCCGUGCCGUAACAACAUCGUGGAUGGUUCACAGGCCGUGUGGGACGCGCUGGGGCUUGACUCUGGCGAAGAGCGCGUUACUUGGUCCAUGGCUUGACUUGAAUCAUGCACGUACGCAACAACAACAACAACAACAACAUGAGUUAAUAACUACUAAUAAUGAUUAAGGACAAGCAUUAAUAUAGCAUAAGUGUUUGUUUUCUUCUUAAUUUAAUCGCCCUUUUAUUUUGGUUUUUUUGGGAUCAUGUGGGUUACCGAAAGGAUGGAAAUAUUGCUCACUUGGAUGAACAUUCCAUUCUUUGCUAUGAUAUUUAACAAAUAAAUUUAAAACUGAUCACUGCAAUUAUGCACUGAUAUGAUAUAUUUGCUGCCUCUACACAUAUAUGUCGAACACUAUUUGCUGA